AAAAAAAAGGCGCCGUUUCUUCUUUCUCUCGCGUACUCUCUCUCUCUCUCUCGCUCGCUCUCCUCCUCCGUCUCGGCCUCUCUCUCUCUCCCUCUUCUCUGUCAUUUUUUAGCAGAACCCUAUUCUCUUUCUCUCACUCUUUGCCUCUGCAACUUGUAUGGAGUUUUCAAAUUUAUUUAUUUAUUUAUAAUAUACUGGGUCCGUUGCGGUCAUCUGCUCAGCAAAAAUCGAAAUCGAAAGUGUUUGAUUAAAUAUGCAGAACGACGAGGUCAUAUGGCAGGUUAUCAGGCACAAACACUGCAGCUUCAUGUCCAAAAUUGAAACUGGGAUAUUCUGUAGAAACCCAUAUAAUGUCACUGGGAUUUGUAACCGAAGCUCGUGCCCUCUGGCUAAUAGUCGCUAUGCCACCAUUCGCGACCAUGAUGGAGUCUUCUAUCUUUAUAUGAAAACUAUAGAAAGAGCUCAUAUGCCAAACAAAUUGUGGGAAAGAGUUAAGUUACCCAGGAAUUAUGAGAAAGCACUUGAAAUUAUUGACAAACAUCUGAUGUACUGGCCUAAGUUUCUUGUGCACAAAACAAAGCAACGGCUGACUAAAAUGACCCAGAUGAGGAUACGCAUGAGGAAGCUUGCUUUGAAAACAAGGGAGAAAAUAAUGACGACACCAAGGAAAGAGAAAAAGAGAGAGGCUAGAAGAGAGGAAAAGGCUGAAAAAGCUGCAGUGUUGGAUAAGAGCAUUGAGAGAGAACUAUUAGAACGUCUCAAGAAAGGAGUUUAUGGUGAUGCGUAUAAAGAUAUAUAUAAUUACCCCUUUGAUAAAUACCAAAAAGUUCUUGAAGGGGAAGAAAUGCAGUUGGAUACUGAGAUAGAAGAAGAAGAGGAGGAGGAACCUGAGAUAGAAUAUGUUGAAGGUUAUGAUGAACUUGAAGAGGAAGAUGAUAUUGAAGAUUUUGCUGGUUUUUCAAUGGACAAUUCUCAUGCAGAUGAUGAUAAUGUUGGAAGUGAUGAAGAGGCAGAAGCAGUUACUCGCAAGAGAGAGAGAAAGGAAUCUGCCUUUGCUUCUAGAAGAUUUGAGAAAGAUGAACCUGCUGCCAAAUCGAAGAAGAAGCCGAGGGUACUUGUUGAGGUAAUGGCUAGUUACAUCUUUAGUUGGUUCAGCAUAGUUUUCUUGCUUUUCUUGCUUGAAAAGCAUUGA